AUGGACCCUUUACGUCUCCUCCGAGAGUGUUACUCGUCGAACGAAAUCCAAAACGUUCUGAUCACACCGGAUGCGAUCGUUUUCCCGUUCGGGUUUCAGUGCGCUUCUCUCGACGAACGAUUGCGCGUCAGUCGAUCGAACAACGCGCUGACGACACGAUUCACGUCGAAAGUGAAAAACCAACGUCUAAAACUGGACCAGAUUCUUUUCUUCGUCCAAAAGUGCAAAGAAUCCAACGCGAGUUUAAUCUCGGACCAAAAGGAAUACGGGAAAUACGUGAAACACGCGAUCAAGGAGAAGAUUGAACGCGUUCCGAGACCGGAUUUUAAGGAUUUGUGGGAUUUCGCCACCGGGGUGAAAACGCACUCGGAAAGGGUGGACGCGACGUCUGUCGAUGGAUCGACGGUAUUCGUACAAAUGGAAAAAGAGGAUGGGACUGUUACGGAGAUGAUGGAGACGACGACGACACUCAAGGCGAAUGAUAUUGAUGAAAUUCGGGCGACGACGACGGAUGCGAUGGACGCGACGACGAUACGCGAGGAAGCGUUGAAGAAGAAAAAAGAGCGAGACUUUGAGGAGGACGAAGAGGAUGCGAUUAAAGUCGUACCGUACGCGACUCGGAACGCGAGCUUGAAAAGGAAGAAAGAUUUUACGUUAGCGUUAGAGAAAGUGGACCCGAGUUUGGUGUUUCGAUCGUCGACGAAUGGCACGAAUGGUAGACGAGGCGGCAAUCAUCGUUUGACGACGAGCGAAAAGCCGAAGGAGUUGGUCGAAGCGGAGAAAAUUGUCGAACGCGGUCAGCGACGGAACAGGUACCAGGAGAAAGUGGAAGAGCAAACGUUUUGGAAGGAGAGAGUUGGGAGCGACUUUAACGAUUUGUUUGGCGGCGAUUUCGGGGACGGCUCAGGCGGCGGUUUUGAUCCGAACGCGUCGUUUUUGGCGCAGCCGGCGAAGAAGCAACGCACGGCGGCGGAAGAGGCGGCGUUUUUAGCGAGCGAACGGGAAGAGAAAUUGAGAGAAGAGAAGAUGGCGUUAGCACAACAACAGCUACAGCAACAAAAACAUUCGAAAUCGACGACGACGACGAGAGGAGCGGCGGGAGCGUCCUCCUCGUUAGCGAAGAAACAACAACAGAAACCAAUCAAAAGGCACGGGACGCCUUUGAUUCUCGUCCCGGCGGGCUUAAACGCCAAAGUCGUCUUGAACAUGUUCAACGCGAAAAACUUCCUGGAGAAGGAGAAAUUCGAGCCGUGGCAAGACAUUCAAAAAGAAGCCGUCAAGAAUAAAACGAAGAAACCGACGCACUCGUCUUUACUUCGAACGUAUAAAAGAGACCAACCGGUGAAGUACGAAAUCACGGACCAAGUGCCGAAAAUAGGAGAGGAUUGGAAACGCGUCGUCGCGGUUUUCGUCCACGGCGCCAAGUGGCAGUUCAAAGAUUGGCCGAAACACAUCUUCCCUGGCGCGGCGACGGGCGAUUUAGUCGACACUUUUGCAAAAAUCAGAGGCUUUUACGCCAAGUUUGAGCAAGACCAAACGCCAGACGUCGUCAAGACGUGGAACGUGAAGUUAUUGACGUUCCGAAGGAAUCAAAGACACGGAGAUAAAGCCGUUUGCUCGGAGUUUUGGGACGAGUUAGACCGCGCGUUAGCGCUCAAGAGGAGUCACUUGUUGUAUUAA